CUCGCCGGGCACAGAGGCUACGCGAGGCCGGGGCGCCCGCGCGGGAAGGUAGGCCUCGCCGGAGGAAGAGACGGAGCGCCGCGUCGCCAAGGAGACCGAGGAGGGAGGGAGGGAGGAGGAGGAAGAGGAGGAGAGAGGAAGGAAGGAAGGAAGGAAGGAGGAGGGAGAUGCAGCCGCCGCCGGGGACAGGCAGGUACCGGAGCAGGAUGAGGCCUCCUCCCUCCCCCCCCCCGGGCAGGAUCCUCUCGCCCCCCAAGAGACCUCUCCCCCCUCGAAAGCACAAAGACCCCCCUCUCCCUCACCCCCCCGCCAGCCCCACUCACGAGGGGGGGGCCACCCUCCUGGCUUGGCUUCAGAGCGGAGGGGGAAAGCCCUCUGCCUUCUUUCCCUCCUUCCUUCCUUCCAUCCAUCCUUCUUUCCUUCCUUCCUUCCCUUCCCUUCUUCCUUCGUUCCUUCCCUUCCCUUCCCCUUCUUCUUUCCAUCCUCCCAUCGCCCUUCCAUCCUUCCCUUCCCACCCCGCUCUUCCUCUUACUCUCUCUCCCUCCCUCCUUCCUUCUUUCCUUCCUUCCUUCCAUCCCUUCUUCCUUUCCUUCCCUUCUUCCUUCGUUCCUUCCCAUCCCUUCCCCUUCUUCUUUCCAUCCUCCCAUCCGCCCUUCCAUCCUUCCCUUCCCACCCCGCUCUUCCUCUUACUCUCUCUCCCUCCCUCCUUCCUUCUUUCCAUCCCCCCUCCCUCACCCCCCCCCCGCCAACCCCACUCACGAGGGGGGAGGAAUUGGGGGCCCCCACCCCCGUGGCUUGGCUUCAGAGCGGAGGGGAAAACCCCUCUGCCUUCUUUCCCUUCUUCUUUCCAUCCAUCCUUCUUUCCUUCCUUCCAUUCCUUCUUCCUUCCCCUUCCCUUCUUUUCAUCCUCCCUUCCAUCCUUCCCUUCUCUUCCCACCCCACUCUUUCUCUCUCUCUCUCCCUCCUUCCUUCUUUCCAUCCUCCCAUCCGCCCUUCCAUCCCCCGCUCCCUCACCCCUGCAACCCCACUCACGAGGGGGGAGGAAUUGGGGGCCCCCACCCCCGUGGCUUAGCUUCAGAGCGGAGGGGAAAACCUCUCUUUCCCUCUUUCCUUCCUUCCUCCCUCACUUCCAUCCUUCCCUUCCCACCCCUCUCUUCCCUUCCUUCCUUCCACCCCUUUUUCCUUCCCUUUCCCUUCCCUUCUUCUUCUUUCCAACCUCCCAUCCGCCCUUCCAUCCUUCCCUUCCCACCCCACUCUUCCUCUUACUCUCUCUCUCUCUCCUUCCUUCCUUCCUUCCUUCCUUCCUUCCUUUCUUCUUCUGGUGCCCUCCCACCAGGUGCCAAGGGGAUCAGUGAACCGCCCUGAGACCUGCAGGUAUAGGGCACAUAGCUGUCAACUUUCAGAUUUGAAAAGAAGGGAUCAACAGCCUCAAAAGAAGGGAUCAGCAGCCUCACCUGUCCCAGGGACAGUCUAUGGGGUAUCUAACAAUCCGGGAUAGCAGCGGGAAACAGCGCGGGAAUAAGGGAAUUUCCUGCAAAAAAAAAAGGGAAGGUUGACAGCUAUGAUAGGGCAGUAGACAAAUUCAAACAACAACCACCUUCAGAAGACAUUUGAAAGCAAAUCUGUACUGGGAAGUGUUUUGGAUUUUUUUUAGAAAAAAUGUUUAAUGUUUCAUUAUGCUUUUAUAUUUGCUGGGUGACUCCUCUGCAUCCUACAAUAUCUGGAGCAGAACUGCCCAUCUCUGUGCACCAUUGCUUUUUAUAUUACUUAUUUAUUCAGUUCAUGUCCCACCUAAAAGAGCAAUAAUAAUAAUAAUAAUAAUAAUAAUAACAGUAAUAAUAAUAGAAUUUGUUGUUAUUGUAUUGUAUUGUUUUGCUUGCUUUACUUUGAUGUACUUUGUACAAAAUGUAGGAACUCAAUACAUACAAAUUUUAAGAGAAGGGUAAUAUUUUUUGAAAUGUAGGGUCCCCCACCCACCCACUAUGGACCUGCUUGCCACCAACAUUGCAAAAAAGAUUACAAUUAUUAUUAUUAUUAUUAUUAUUAUACCGCCCUAUACCCACAGGGUAGGCCACAGCAUAAAAUCACAAAGAAAUAAUAACGUGUUAGCUCCUACAAAUAAUCUUUUUACAAAUAAUAAAGAUUUACAAAACUAAAAGCAUUCUCCACCCGCUGUGAGUCCCAUCAUUACUUAGAAUAAAUGUUUCAUAUAGUCUUAAAUGAGCCAGACAUUUUGCAUACACGGAAGGCACUGAUUGACUUCCAUGUGCCUCAAUAUCUAAUUCCCACACCUUCAAGGAACAUGGGGUGCCCCUAAUACGCCCCCUGUUUUCAUCCUUUCAACAGCUCCUUGUAUAUUAAUUCAGGAAUCUUUAACCCAGCCUGGUAGAGCAUGGGCAGCCAGGGCAGAAUUUUGAGCACCCGACAGCUGAGACUUGUGUCCUCUUGCUGGCUGUUCAGUGCUCUCCAAAUCUUGCCCUUCUUUUAUUUAUUUUCAAUUUUUUGGUCUUUAUUUCCCUCCAAGGAGUUCAAAGUGGCACACACGGUUCUCCCCAAUCCCCAGAACCCUUUGAGGGAGGCUGGAGAGGCAGUGUCUGGCCCGAGGUUGCCCAUUGAGCUUCAUGGCUGGCCGGGGAUUCGAACCCUGGUCUCCCAGGGCCUAGUUGGACACUCUCUAACCACUACACUGCACUGACCUGACUUUAUAUUGCCAGGCUGAUGCUUUGGGGACGGGCCACCAUGAGACGGACAGACAGAGCACCUGCCAGCCCCACCCAGGGCAUGGGAAACCAGUGAGCAGGAUGAGGGCCGGUCUGCAUGCUCCACGGCGGGUCCUGCAACUCACCCUUGCCAUCAUCAAGCCUGAUGCCGUGGCUCACCCUCUCUUCCUCGAGGUAAGGACCAAAGAAGGUAAGGAGAGCCUGCAGGAUCGGGCCAAUGGCUCUUCCAGCUUCCUGUUCACACAGUGGCCGACCAAAUGCCCCAAAGCGAAACCCACAAGUAGGACAUGAACACAGCUAAAAGGUAAAGGACCCCUGGAUGGUAAAUCCAGUCAAAGGCGACUAUGGGGUGCGGCGCUUAUCUCGCUUUCAGGCCAAGGGAGCCGGUGUUCGUCCGCAGACGGCUUUCCAGGUCAUGUGGCCAGCAGGACUAAACUGCUUCUGGAGCAACGGGACACCAUGACGGAAACCAGAGUGCAUAGAAACGCCGUUUACCUUCCCGCCACAGUGGUACCUAUUUAUCUACUUGCACUUUUUGGUGUGCUUUCGAACUGCUAGGUUGGCAGGAGCUGGGACUGAGCAACGGGAGCUCACCUCAUUGUGGGGAUUUGAACCGCUGACUUUCCGAUCGGAGGGGGUCUACUUUGAAGGCCUAUUAGCAGGGCCGUCUUAACCAUAGGCGCCAGGGGUGCCAGGCUGAGAUUCCAGGGCCCGAGAGUUGGAGCUAAGUUAAGAAGAACAGCGUGUAGUAAUAAAUUAUUAUUAUUAUUAUUAUUAUUAUUAAUUUCUAUACAGUAGUACCUCGGGUUAAGAACUUAAUUCGUUCCGGAGGUCUGUUCUUAACCUGAAACUGCUCUUAACCUGAAGCACCACUUUAGCUAAUGGGGCCUCCCGCUGCCGCUGCACGAUUUCUGUUCUCAUCCUGAAGCAAAGUUCUUAACCCGAGGUACUGUUUCUGGGUUAGCAGAGUCUGUAACCUGAAGCGUCUGUAACCCGAGGUACCACUGUACUGCUAUAUGUUUUAAAGAAAAAAAUCUCAAAGAGGUUUACAUUAAAACAUCAAACAAAACAAUCCAGAAUAAAACAAAUUAAAUGUUGAUUUCCCCUCAAGGUUUUCCAUUGCUGGGCUGUUGAAAUCCCAGCUGCAGUUCACAUCCAUGUCAGAAGCUCUUGCGUGUUGUUGGUCCACAUAUUCAGCAGUGACAGUUGGGGGGGGGGAGAGGCCUGAACAGGUGAUUUAAUUAUUUUAGAUGCUUUCUGCUCCAAUAUUUCACAGUUGCCACACCCCGAAGGAGAGACCUAGAGGGGCAAUUUGCCCUUUGUGUCUUUCCCUUUGGGGCUGCCCCACUGUCUGGCAUUAGAAAUAACUCUGAGCAGCUGCUUACGGAGCAGUUCCAGAGCAUAGCUGCCAACUGUCCCUUAUUUGACGGGACAGUCCCUUAUCCCAGCGCUGUGUCCCGCUGCUGUCCCUUAUUGAUGAUGUCCCUUAAAUUUCCCAGGUUUCAAAGGAAGCAGCUCCUCUCCCUCCCCCCCCUGCCGGCCAGGGAGGAGGGAGGCUCCAACUGUGUUGCUUGGCUGCGUUGCUCACCCAAUAAGGAGUCUCAGAACGACUGGGGGGUGGAGCUUGCAUGCCUUGUGCCGAUCAAAUCGGCCGCGUUGCCUGGGGACUCGCCUUUGCUCAGCGCUUCCCAGCGGAGAGAUGACGGUGGUUUUCCUUGCUGCAUCCGCUUUGCCGGGUUGCUGCGCUGUGGGAACCACCGCUUGAGGCUUCGUUUGGCUGCUGGCUGGGCUUUCUGCUUUUGGCUCGGAGGGGCUGAGAAGUUGAACCUACCUGUGCUCUGAAAAUCCCUUAUUUUGACUGCUGAUCCCUUAUUUUCGAGGCUGCUGGUCCCUUAUUUUCAAAUCGGUAAGUUGACAGCUAUGUUCCAGAGAGCUUUGCCAUGAGAUACGCUCAAGGUUGUGGCCACUGGAUUCGAACCUGGCUCCCAAGGCUGCAAAAAGUCUCCCCACUGCCCCUCCUGUCCGUCUCCUUGUCUGUAGCGUUGGCUUCAGAGCGACUCGUCCUCUUCUCUUCCCAGGCUGUGCACCAGAUCAUCCUGAACAACCGGUUAUUGAUCGUCAGGAGCAAGGAUGUGACGUGGAGCAGGCAGGAGAGCCAGAAGUUCUACCAGGAACACUCAGGUCAGGACCACCCCCCCAAAAAAUACCCCAUUGCUAAGUCCAGGAAGUAGGUGGGGACAGCAGAGAAUCCAGGAAGGGGCACUUAGCUGGCUCUAAUCCAGGGGAAACAUGGAAGCUGUUUCCUUACUUAGAAUCACAGAAUUUUAGAGUUGGAAGGGACCCCCAAAGGUCCUGUAGUUCAACCCUUUGCAAUGCAGGAAUGUCAGCUCAGACGCCCAUGACAGAUGCAACUCAUGGCAGUUACCCACUGGUCCAUGCAGCUAGCGGGGCAAGUUAGGAGCCCACUGCAGGUACACAAAGAAAUAUUAUUAUUAUUAUUAUUAUUAUUAGUGAUAUUUGCACUGCAGGUGGUUGGACUAGAUGAAUCUUUGGGUCCCUUCCACUUCUAUGGUUUUAUUUUUUUUAAAACAAUACUUUUUAAUAGUUUCCAAUGACAAGAAUCCAAAAGACACCUCAUUAUAUCCAUGUCAAAUCACAAUACCAAAUCAAAUAUCAAUUAAUCAAAUAUCCAGUUGUAUCAUUUUGGGCCGUCCGCCCCCCCCCCCCGCAAGCUAGAAUUACAGGUUUAUUUAUUUAUUUAUUUAUUUAUUCUGCUUCCAAAGCGAUACGAUACAAUAAUCUUUAAUGUCAUUGUCCUAUACAGAACAAUGAAAUUGAAAAAAAUCUACAUCAGACAUUCAAAAACCAGCAAGCCUACUAUCCCAGCUAUCCCAGCCUGGUUAACCCCCUAAAAACUCUGAUACCCCAUAACUAAAUACAAUAUACUCCCAUACAGACUACCUUACACUGCGUUUAAAACCAGUUGUAUUACAAUCGUAAUAGUAAUUCACUCAACAGCUGCAGUGUUUAUAACUUCUACCCGUAUUAACACAUUUAAUAAUCCACCUCUGUGGUUCUGUUAUUACAGUGGUGCCUCGCAAGACGAAAUUAAUUCGUUCCGCGAGUUUUGUCGCCUUGCGAUUUUUUUCGUCUUGCGAAGCACGGUAUCGGGAAAGUUUUGGAAAAGCUUCAAAAAUCACCAAAGUCUUUAAAAACCUCAUAAAAGGCUACCACACCGCGUUCUAUGAGUUGCUCCUCGAAGUCAAGUCGCAAAUGUAUUAACGGUGUUAAGAAAAAGGAAACAAACUUGCAAGACGUUUCCGUCUUGCGAAGCAAGCCCAUAGGGAAAAUCGUCUUGCGAAGCAGCUCAAAAAACAAAAAACCCUUUCGUCUAGCGAGUUUUUUGUCUUGCAAGGCAUUCAUCUUGCGAGGUACCACUGUAUGAUCAAUCACCCGCCCCGCACCCAAAGGUCUCAGGGCAGGCUGCAACAUUGAAAUGCAAUCUUGUGGGCUCUCCUUCCAUGGAGGUUUCCAAGCAGAGGUUGGAUGGCCAUCUGUCAGGGAUGAUUUAGUUGAGACUCCUGCAUUGCAGGGGGUUGGACUAGAUUACCCUCGUGGGUCCCGUUAAACUCUACAGUUCUGUGAUUCUGUGGUCUUGAACAUAGUUUAGAACAACUUACGAGCUCGCAUGGCCUUGCCUCCUGCCCAUCACGCGCGAUGUCCUUGAUACAGGUUACGAGAAGUGUCCUACAUGGAAUUAAUGCAUCCAAGUAGGAACUGUGUCUUGUCUGGGGUAGAUGUGAAACUUUUCGUGUGGAGCCUAGGAAGCUGGCUUUUAUUGAGUCCAAGGGCCGGAUUUUGGUUUGAUGAGGCCCUAAGCUACUGAAGGGCCCUUGAUAUGUCCAGCUGUCCUUUGUCAACAACAAAUUGCCGCUGUUUUUGUGUUGUAUAUAUGCUAUAUGGUAAUUGAUGGACCUCAUAGGUAUCUCAAGCCAUUUGCACGUGUUGCCCUGCAACCCGUCCAUGCAGAAUGUAGGCACCCUAUAUAUAGAAAGGAGCAAACCAGGGAUAUUUUAGGGAGCAGGCGAGUAGGCAGGGCCCAUUACUUACAUCCUAGGAGCCUACACAACACAAAACACUCUUGUUGUAUGUAGGUUUUAUUUUUAUUGGUUUUUCAUUUUAUAUUUUGGAAAUGUACAUCCAGGUUUUUUUCCUUUCAAUUUUUGGCGGGGCCCCAAGAGAGUGGGGCCUUAAGCUAUAGUUUGUUUAGCUUAUACAUAAACCCGGCGCUGCUGAGUCAGACCAUCAGAGCAUCUCAUGCAAAGCUGCCAACCCUCACUGGCAGCAUUUGCACGCCAGGGUUUUAGGUAGGAAUAAUAAUAAUAAUAAUAAUAAUAAUAAUAAUAAUAAUAAUUUAUUAUUUAUACCCUGCCCAUCUGGCUGGGUUUCCCCAGCCACUCUGGGCAACUCCCAACAGAAUAUUAAAAAUAGAAUCAAACAUUAAAAACUCCCCUGAACAGCCUUUAGAUGUCUUCUGAAUGUCUGGUACAGUGGUGCCUCGCAAGACGAAAUUAAUCCGUUCCGCGAGUGGCUUAGCGGCUAUUAGCGGCUUAGCGGCUACUAACGGCUUAGCGGCUUAGCAGCUUAGCGGCUAUUAACGGCUUAGCGGCUUUAAGAAAAAGGAAACAAACUCGCAAGAACUCGCAAGACGUUUCGUCUUGCGAAGCAAGCCCAUUGGGAAAUUCGUCUUGCAGAACGACUCAAAAAACGGAAAACUCUUUCGUCUAGCGAGUUUUUCGUCUUGCGAGGCAUUCGUCUUGCGGGGCACCACUGUAGUUCUUUUUCUAUUUGACAUCUGCCGGGAGGGCGUUCCACAGGGUGGGUGCCACCACCGAGAAGGCCCUCUGCCUGGUUCCCUGUAACUUUGCUUCUCGCAGGGAGGGAACCGCCAGAAGGCCCUCGGAGCUGGACCUCGGUGUCCGGGCUGGACGAUGGAGUCUCUCACGACCUUACCUGGAGAUUGAAUUUGAGAUCUUCUUCAUUAAAGGCAGGCACUCUGAACUGGGGCCCUUCUUCAAGAGUCUGUGCUUGGGACCAUGGUGUCCUUCAAGAGAUGGCUUGGAAGUCACAUGAGACAGGAAGGCUCUUGCAGUUUGUACACAGCUCAGGUGGAGAACCCCCAGUGGCCCUUCUGGCGUCUGGGACUACAGAUCCCAUCAGCCCUGGCUGGGGCAGAUGGGAGUUGGAGUCCAGCUCUGGUGUGCUACCCAUGGUGUGCAUAGGGAAAGGACGGCAGUAACUCCCGGGAAGGGUGCUCUCAGGACCUCUCCCAGAAGCGUGCGUUGGUCUCAGGGCUCUCGGUCUCUUUUUCAGGGCGUUUCUUCUACCAGAGGCUGGUGGAAUUCAUGGCCAGGUAUGUCCGCGGCAGUUGUAUACCUUUUAAUUAAAUGAGAUUUUUCAAGGAAACAAAAAUUGCGUAAGAAAAUACAAAACACAUAAGACAUAACGGAGGCUGGUGGGAGUUGUAGUUCAAAACAUCUGGAUAAUACCAGGUUGGUGCCCUAAUUUAUUAUUAUUAUUAUUACUAUUAUUAUUUCCAUUUCUAUACCACUUUAUAUUUUAAAGAACAAAUCUCUCUUUUUUUGAAAUCAUUUUUAUUUGGUUUUUACAAUGGAAAAUUAUAUUUUAAAAAUUCAAUUACAUAUCCAUAUGAAGAGAUUCCUCUGAGUCUCAGGAUUUCUCCCCCUCCUUCCCUGGAGUCCCCUUUAAAUCAUUUAAAACUGCAUCUUCUCCAAACUCUACAACUAUUAUAUCAUUCCAUGUUUUCCAUGGUAAUUGUUACACUACAAGUGAAAUCAAAAUCCUGCCAGUGUUUCCAUCUGCUUAUGGCGGCCUCUUUAAAAAGUUGUAAAUUUCCCCCAUUCUUUUAUAAAGUUUUUGUCCUCUCGGUUCCUGAGUUUUCCAGUCAGCUUUGGCAUUUCAGGACAGUCCACCAGCUUGGUUUGCCAUUAACGAACAAAUCUCAACGUGGUUUACAACACCUGGAUAACUCAGUCGGGUAAAGCAUGGUGCUGAUAAUCCCAAGUUUGCAGGUUCGAUUCCCAUGUGGGACGGCUGCAUAUUCCUGCAUUGCUGGGGGGUUGGAGUAGAAGUGGUGUCCAAACAUUUUUCAAAGAGGGCCAGAUUUGAUGAAGUGAAGGGCUGUGAGGGCCGACCGAAGGGCCAGCCAAAGUUGUUAGCCUUUUUUUGGAUUGAACUUGUUGAGGUUUUUUUUAGCAUUGAAGUUGUUGAGGUUUGUUUAGGAUUUUACCCCAGGAAAUAAAAUGCCACAGGGGCCAAAUUAAACUGACUGGACCGGAUUAGGCCCCCAAAACAGGCCUUGGACAUGCCUGGGUCUAACUCUGCAAUUCUAUCUAUGGAAUCAUCAGAUAAAACAACCCAGACUAAAACUAACUUUCUUUCUUUCUUUCUUUCUUUCUUUCUUUCUUUCUUUGCACAUUAAAAUGCUUAGCAAAUAUACAGCUUGAGCAUAGGCAGAGAGAAAUUAAACCAUGAGUAGGCUACCUAAGGUCCAUGGGCCGGAUCCGGCCCAAUCGCCUUCUAAAUCCGGCCCGCAGACGGUCUGGGAAUCAGCGUGUUUUUACAUGAGUAGAAAGUGUCCUUUUAUUUAAAAUACAUCUCUGGGUUAUUUGUGGGGCCUGCCUGGUGUUUUUACAUGAGUAGAAUGUGUGCUUUUAUUUAAAAUGCAUCUCUGGGUUAUUUGUGGGGCAUAGGAAUUCCUUCAUUUUUUCCCCUUCAAAAUAUAGUCUGGCCCCCCCACAAGGUCUGAGGGAUGGUGGACCGGCCCCCGGCUGAAAUAUUUGCUGACCCCUGAAUUAGACGCUCCAUCAGUACACUGCUCCCGUGUUGAAUCUCCAGAGACACACUAUUCAUCUUUUUUUUAUAACUUUAUUGCAAAACACAUAUAACAACAUGGACAAACAAAGACAGUACCUCAAUGACAACUAAACAUUAACAACACAUCGUCUAACAUCACACACACUUUUGACUUCCGAUUCACCUCAUUGUGCUUUCUACAUAUUCUUCACCUUUUCGCCUUUCCUGUUACAUCUGUUACAUGCAGACGAAAACUAUUUUCAAGCUCCGAGGAAAAUAUUUCCGAGCCUUCUCUUAAGUGAUGUUUUGCUUUCCCCAGUCGACAGCCUGCCAUCCAGAGACCUUCACUUGGUUGCAAUUGGACCUGUGCCAGUCGCAAAAGGCAACUGGCGCCUGGCCAGUUUUGAACACUGGAAGGGAGAUAUCCUGGGCCAAGGCCACCUAGGGCUUUUAAGAUUUAUCGCCUGCGCUUUUGACUUGUGCAUGGAAGCCAGUUGGUCGCCAGUCAGGCUGCUUGCAAGAUCCGUGUGACGCGACCCCCUGACCUUCCUUGCGCCUUCUCUCUCCUCCUUUCCAGCGGCCCCAUGAGGACAUACAUCCUUGCCCACGAGGAAGCCAUCCCGCUCUGGAGGUCUCUGAUGGGUCCCACCAGGGUUUUCCGUGCCCAGCACACAGACCCAGAGUCCAUCCGCGGGUCGUUUGGCCUCACGGACACCCGGAACACCGUCCACGGCUCAGGUGAGUCCGGGAGGGGCGGGAAAUGGGGAGCAGGAGAACUUUGGACAAGCUCUCCAAGCAACUUGUAAAAGAUUCCUUUGCAAAGGAGCCCCAAAGUCUGGGCCCAGCAAAGAGGGCUAAGGAACCGUCGUAGCCAAGGGAGCGGGAUUGUACCAAGGGAUCCUUUGGAAUCCACCAUAAGAUUCCUUCGUUGCAGGGGGUGGGACUCUCCUGGUCUGCCCUGCAGAGGACCUUAAGGUCCAUGAAUAACCAUAGUUUAGAGGUCCCGGGCCCUAAGGAAGUCAGAUUAUCCUCCACCAGGGCCAGGGCCUUCUCAGUGAUGGCUCUGACCUGGUGGUAUGCUCUGUCCCAUGAGACCAGGGCCCUGCAGGAUUUAAUCUCCUUCCGCAGACAGAGCUAUUCUGCCUGGCUUUCAACUUGAACUUAGCCUGAUCUUUUAUUCCCCUUCCUUCCCUCCCCCUCCCCUUUUUAUGAAGAUUACCCGCUCUGGGAUCCCACAGCUAAUUCUCCCCUGGUCUCCUCGCUGGCCCAAGUAGGACCAAUUCAGCCAGCUAGUGAUUUUGAACACCUUGAAAUCGAAGUGGGAUUUUUACCGGCUGCCGGUGCAGCCAGCUGAUUUCGAAUUCCGCUCCAAAGAUCAGCCUGGCCCCUCACUCGCUCACAUUUCCCCCCUCCCUUGCAGAUUCGGCAGCAUCAGCCAGCAGGGAAAUCGCCUUCUUCUUCCCAGAUUUCAAUGAAGAGCAGUGGUACCAGCAGGAAGAGCCUCAGUUGCGGGAGAGGGAGGUUGGCCGUGACACCAAGGCGAUCCCUCACCACGUGCCCAGAGAUGGCUUGGCAGAGGCAGACUGAAGGACGCUUUGCACGGGAGACAGUGCUAGAAUGGAUGCAGGGAUACUGCUAUGGAGACGGGGGUCUCCUCCUCUCUUCCCCAAAAUGAGCAGCAGCACUAAACAUGUCGCCGCUUACUCAGGGAUGGCUGCUGAGGUGUGUACGUCUCCCCCCUGGAUAAGAGCAGACAUCUGCCAGGCUGUGCCAGACAGCCAAUUUAUCGCUUGCCCAGGCUGGGUUCAAGGAUGCCCAUGAUAUGGGGGUCAAGUAGAAGCUCUAAAUUUCUUAUUGACUUUGUUGUUGUUGAGUCGUUCAGUCGUGUCCGACUCUUCGUGACCCCCUGGACCAGAGCACGCCAGGCCCUCCUGUCUUCCACUGCCUCCCACAGUUUGGUCAAACUCAUGCUGGUCGCUUCGAGAACACUGUCCCACCAUCUUGUCCUCUGUCGUCCCCUUCUCCUUGUGCCCUCCAUCUUUCCCAGCAUCAGGGUCUUUUCCAGGGAGUCUUCUCUUCUCAUGAGGUGGCCAAAAUAUUGGAGCCUCAGCUUCAGGAUCUGUCCUCCCAGUGAGCACUCAGGGCUGAUUUCCUUCAGAAUGGAUAGGUUUGAUCUUCUUGCAGUACAUGGGACUCUCAAGAGUCUCCUCCAGCACCAUAAUUCAAAAGCAUCCAUUCUUUGGUGAUCAGCCUUCUUUAUGGUCCAGCUCUCACUUCCAUACAUUACUACUGGAAAAACCAUAGCUUUAACUAUACGGACCUUUGUCUGCAAGGUGAUGUCUCUGCUUAUUCACUUAAGCAUGCCUUUUCUCUUGGUUGCAACUGCCAUUUCCACAGGUCUGUGCCAAACUAUGUACCCAUGCCCACGUGCCGUCUUCACUGUGACCCACAAAUUCCCAGUAACGUUUACCGGGCAAGGGAGGGGUGGGGUGCGUCAUCAGGGUUUCAUUGCCAAAGGGAGAGGUGCCUUGAUUCAAGGUUGUCUGAAAAACAUGAUUCCUAAAAGCGAUAAACUCAACUUUUGAUCCAAAACGUGUGUCGGCUUCCUGUCGUUUCUUGGUGAAGAUAAAGGCAGAUCCUCUGCACAUGCCCAGACGCACUCUUUCCUUUUUGUUUUCCAUGGUAGAGAACCAACUCUGGAAACAAACUCAGGAGCUGAAUCGCAGGCAGUCUUGCUGCUGUCGGGGGUGAGGCUGUGGCACAAUGCUUAGAAAGUCCUGCUGGCAACCAGGUUAAGUGGAAGCGGCUUGGACACAAAUGCAGAGAUAAAAGUAUAAGAAGAUCCUGUUGGGUCAGUAUCCCUGAAGGAGCAUCUCAACUCCCGUCGUUCAGCCCAGACACUGAGGUCCAGCGCCGAGGGCCUUCUGGCAGUUCCCUCCCUGUGAGAAGCCAAGUUACAGGGAACCAGGCAGAGGGCCUUCUUGGUGGUGGCGCCCGCCCUGUGUAACGCCCUCCCACCAGAUGUCAAGGAAAUAAAACAACCUGACUUUUUUUCCUAUAUAAUUUUUUUAUAAGUUUUUUAACACAUCAUUUCCCACAGUAAUUAAACAUACUUUUACAUCUUAUACAAUUUUUGACUUCCAUCAAUCUCGUCUGAAAAUUUUCCAAUGUAAUCUCUUAGUAUACAUUUCUUACUUUCCCUAUUACAUUUAAGUCUCAUAGCUGAU